UUCAGUGCUAAAAAAAAUACUUAGAAUCUAGUGAUGCCUUAGCGGCGAAAGCGUAUUCUGUGUCUCGGUCUUUUUUGCAGUUUUAUAUUUUUAAGAACUUGAAGGAUCGAUAGCUUGACCCUGUUGUGAUUAAAGAUACUUAAAAAUGGGGAAAAAGAAGCGAAAGGCGGAGGCUGAGGCAGCUGCUGCAGCUGCUGCAGCUGCCGCCGCCGGCGCCCCGCCGGCGCCCGGACCGCCCCCGCAGGGUCCACCGCCCGCGGCGCCGGACCCAUCCGCAGCACCUCAGGGCAUCGGGCGCCGUCGCAGAGCGGACUUUGACGAGCCGGCAGCCAAAGCCCCGGACAGCCAGACGGACCUGCAGCCGCGGGUGACUACUUGGGACGACGAUGACGCCGAGGCCAUCCCGAUGAUCCCCGACCUGGACGAGGUGAUGGAGGAGGACCUGGCGCUGCAGGUGGCGCCGGCGCCCAUGGCACCCGUCAAUCGCGUUGCCACCAUGCAGGAGCUGAACGAGGACCUGCAGAAGAGGCCGGCGUUCAUGACGCUGGACGGCGUGGACCUGCAGCUGAUUGCAAAGUGCGUCCAGGACGGCCGUGACGUGGAGGAGCCCGACAAGCCAUGGGCGUGGGACGUGCUCUUCACGGAGAUCAUGUCGGAGGUGCAGGAUGAGAUGGCACGAGAGGCGGUCAGCGCCGAUCCCACCCCUCAGCCUAGCACCACCGCCGUCGAUAAGAGGUCGACCACGACCGCCAAGGCCUGAGAUAGCAACCACAGCAGUGCAGAGAAAGCCAUGAAUGUCUAUCCCGAAAUGAUAUAGGCUACGAGCUAAAUAAUAAGUGAAACUCACUUGUUUAUAUAAAAACAAAACAAACGCCUUCAGUUUAUGAAA